AUGGGGCGUUAUAUAAGGAAUCCCUACGUGGGACAAGAAGCAAAGGCAUCACAGCAGGUCACCAAUGAAUGGCUGGAGAAAGCAAUAAGAACAGUUGCUGGGAAAAUUAUCAAUAGAGACAUCGAUGACGAGGAACUGGAUGACUUUGGCCCUUAUACUGGACUGUCAGGCGUAGCCUUCGCCUUACAUAAAGCUAGCCCUAUUGUUGGAUCUGCUGCCACAUCUAUGGCGGAACAGCUUUGGCGCCAUUGUAACAAAGGAUCGCGAAGAUCUUCAUCCAAGCAGGCUCGCUUUUUGUGCGGUGAUCUUGGCGUCUUUGUAACGCAGAUGAGUGAUCCGAAUUUGAGAGACGAUCUUGUUUCUAAGAUCGAGAAGAUAUCUGACGUGCUAGCUAGGGAAGACUAUCCGAGUGAUGAGAUUUUGGUUGGACGGGCGGGGUUCUUAAGUGGUGUUCUUUGGAUCAGACAAACGAUCGAUUCGUCGCUAGUGUCGGACGAAUGUGUGCAGAAAGUGUUGUCAGCAAUGAUCCUUUCAGGCAAAAGGAGAACGUUCGUUCGUGUUCGUUAA